ACAGCACCUGGAUUCUGGUUUCUUUCUCAUGCAGUGACAUGGAGCAAUGGAUUAUGGAUUGGCAAGGAACAUACACUUUAAGAGUCUGCUAAAAAUCAUCUACAUCCUCCCUACGGUGGCUUAUGGUCAGCUGCUCCCUUUGGAAGAUGCAAAAUACGAUGAGCAAGUGGUCACAGGGGUACGCGACCACUCAGUCCUGCUGACCUGUGGGGAUGUGGUCUCACCCAUAAUUGUCUUCUGGAGCUUCACCAGGCUGGGCUCAUUCAUUCCCAGGGCUGUUGCCAUCAGCAAUGGCAUAGAUUCCAAGGUGGAGAAGUCCUCUGCUGUUCUAGGGGAUGUGACUUUGAGGAACAGCACACUGGAAAUAGAGAACCUACAAAAGGCAGCAGAAGGGCAAUUCAUGUGCCAAGCAAUGUAUGAAGAAGAAGGGGAAAUCAAGGUGGCUUAUUUCUAUAUUGAGCUCAUUGUUUUGGUCCCUGUUUCAAAGCCCUUCCUACAGAUGAAUGAUUCAGCUCCUGUGGAAGGCAUGCCUGUAGUGAUGACAUGCAAAGUGAAAGAGGGCACACUUCCGGUUGAGUAUUCCUGGCAGCACUACACUAAUCGGGAUGGCAUGAUAGCCAUCAUAGAAGCGGCAGGCGGUCUGUUGAACCUCACGUCUACUAACAGGACUCACAUGGGAUGGUACACCUGCACAGCCCACAAUGAAGUUAAUAGCCAAACUAGCGACCGGAUGUACCUUGAUGUGAUCUAUGGACCGGAUGAACCAGUGAUCACCGUGGAGCCAUUUGCUGUAAACCAACAUGGCUUCUUAGCCAAUGAACAGGAAGAAGUGGUCAUGACCUGCCUGGCUCCUUCUAAUCCACCCAGUCAUUACAUUUGGUUCUACAACAGUUCGCAAGUCUACUCAGGCCAGAAGUACGUGAUCGCCAGGAUCUCACGAACCCAAACAGGCAUCUACACUUGCUUGGCCCAGAACUUACAUUUGAACACACGAACUCAGACUGCCAUCAUCCUGACCGUCUACUAUCUACCCAAGGGGAAACCCACCUGCAUGCCGCUGCCAGCUGCUAAUUUCCGAGACCUUGCUCUACAUUGGGUUCCAGGUGGGAGCCCAAUGUGCAGCGCAAUGGCAACGAAGCAGAAUGAAUUCCUCAUGCUGACGUGUGACUGGGCAGGAGGAGAACCCCAGGUGACCCUCUGGUGGAGAGAUUGGAGGGACCACGUCUUGGAACCUCCAAAGCUUGUGGUGGAGAAAUCCAAGGUGUCUCUCUUUGAAGGUAAUGAGGUCCAGUUGGCCUGUCACCUCCAAGGUGCUUACUUGGGCUCAGAAGUCUUCUGGUACAACAACAAGAACCAGGUCAUUAGACCUGAUGCUAAGAAAUACAGACUGCAAAAGGAGAAUGCCUGGUUCAACCUGACCCUGCAGGAUACAGAGUGGAUGAAGGAUAGUGGCAUUUAUCGGUGUGCUGCCAUGAAUGCUGUGGGCAAUGCCUCUGCCUUGGUCAGCCUACAGGUUAAGAAGUAUCCCACUCCACCUAAUGUGACCAUUAGCAAGCUGAUGUACACCCGUCACCGCACAGAGGUGGAAUUGGAGUGGCAAACCCAAGGCUCAGGGAACCUGACUGGCUUUGUGGUUCAGAGGAGGGAGGCAAAAAAGGCCACCCAAAAGCACCUGACUAGCUUCUGGGAAACAGUAGCUAGUGAUAUUGAUCCUGACAUCCGUGACCAGAAGCUGGGAGGAUUAGAUCCUGCUGUGGUGUAUGCCUUCCGUAUCUUGGCUGUCAACCACCGUACCACUGGGCACCCCUCGGAAGUGAAGACACCAGCUGACCCUCCUUUUAAUGCUUACCCUGCCGUAAUUGGUGCCGCUGCAGCAGGAAUGAUUGUUGCAACAGUCACAUCCCUUCUGGUUUUCCAGUACAUCAUCCGGAACCGAGAGAACAAUCCAAGAGAGAAGACAGUCCUUAUAAAAGCAUUCAAGCCAAAACCAGAGUAG